AUGCCUUCUCUCAAGACUCUGCUCGCCUCAGCCGCCAUGGCUUACCUUGCCACGGCCAAAACCAUCAAGAUCACAGCUACCAGCGAUAACAAGUUCGACCCUGAGACGGUCGAAGCUGAGAAGGACGAUGUUAUCGAAUUCCAUUUUGAGCCAAAGAACCACAGUGUUGUUGCUGGCGACUACCGCUACCCCUGUUCUCCUCUUGAUCUGGGCAGUGGUUUCUUCUCUGGUUUCCUUCCCACUGACUCUGGAUCUGCCGACAAGGUUUUCCAGGUCACUGUCAACGACACAGACCCUACUCCUUUCUACUCUUCCCAGGGCAAGGAGUGCGCUGAGGGCAUGGUUGGUAUCAUCAACCCUGACAAGAACAAGACUCUGUCCGACUACAAGGAGCGUGCGGCCAAGCUGAGCUCUGGCGUCAACCCCGGCAAGAAGGCCUUUGGCGGUGAGCUUGUGGACUCUAGCGAUGCUAAAUCUGACGACAAGGACUCUGGCGAGUCCUCGGACAGCAAGGACGGCGACGGCGAUGACAGCGCUGCUGGUACGAUCGGUGCUCCCUUCGCUGGACUUGUUGCUGCCAUUGGUCUUGCCUUUGUUAUGGCUUAG